AUGAGUCUCUCUGCCAAAGACAAAGCUGCUGUCAAAGACCUUUGGGCCAAAAUCUCAGGAAAGGCUGAUGACAUUGGUCAGGAUGCUCUUUCUAGGAUGUUGGUGGUCUACCCCCAGACCAAAACCUAUUUCUCUCACUGGAAAGACCUGAGCCCCGGCUCUGCCCCAGUGAGGAGGCACGGGAAGACUGUGAUGAGCGGCGUCGCUGAGGCUGUCAGCAAAAUCGAUGACCUUACCUCUGGGCUCCUGAACCUCAGCGAGCUUCAUGCUUUCCAGCUGCGUGUUGACCCCGCCAAUUUCAAAAUUCUGUCCCACAACAUCCUCGUGGUUCUGGCCAUUCUGUUCCCCACCGAUUUCACUCCAGAGGCCCAUGUUGCUAUGGACAAGUUCCUCAGUGCUUUGUCUCUGGCUCUGUCCGAGAAGUACAGAUAAGCGCAUGUUACUGUCUUCGAGUCGGACCGCGUCAG